CUACGAAUUAUGUGGACAAUAGAUCCGACGCUUUAUGAAGUUCAUCACUCAUUCUAACAUAAUCCAAAGUACAUGAUACUUUUUUCUUAGUACCGAUAAUAAUUCUUUCUAACGGAUCUUAUGUUACGAGUACAUCAAGCUAAAUAAGAGCAAAUUUUUACUCGCUCCUCAUUACAGUGCCUGGAUACAGUGAUUCUUGUGCUCCUCCAUUUACUAGUUUCUCCAACAAAUGUCAAAUGCCCACUUCCAUUGAAACAGUGGAAGGAGAGUACUGCAAGUCUGCAAGCCCAGCAGUAAAAUCGUUAGAAGUUGGAAGCAGUACAAUUUCACCACUUGGUACUUCUCAACUGAGAAAAAAAAAAGAAGAAAAAAAAGCCACCUCCCCCAAAUUUUUUUUUUUUUGUUCCGCCAGUCAAAACGACUGAAAAUUUCGGUGAACGCAAUGCCAGCCAGCCAGAGGCCGAGAUCGAUCUGGAACCGCGGCCCCCCAUUCCUUUUCGUCAAGCCCUAAGUGAUGCAUCCAGCUCUGCUCUCACUGCUGCUGAUCACGGCCUUCGCCCACCUGAUCCAGUUCGGCAGCUCGCACCAGGAGUCCGGGACCUGGACCUGCGACUCCGAAUCCGAUACCCGGGUCGCCGCCGGCUUCAACCCGGGACUCGUCACCGUCGAUGGCCACUCCGAUGAUUGGACCGACGUCGACGGGUUCGAAUUCCCCCUCCGCCCUGCUCUCGACCCGGAUGCUGAUAAGGAGUAUAAAGCCGGCAAGAUGACCGUUAAGGCGUUGCACGAUGGCCGUGACGUAUUCUUCUUCUUGGAAGUUGAUGGGGAUUAUGCGUAUUCAAAAGGGGAUAACACUAAGUGCGCUUCUGUUUCUCUCAUGUUUCAAGUUGGUGCUGAUGCCACCUAUCACAGUAUGGGCGGUUGCAAGGAGGGAACAGACAGUUGUACCAACAAGACCUGCAAAGGCCAUGAAGUUGACAUCAUGCACUUCUCACUUGGAAAUGCUAUCCCGGGGCGUCUCUAUGGUGGCAAUCCCAUAGACAAUGGAGAUGGGAAUGGAGGUGACAGAUUCGGUCAUCUAGUUGAUCUUUAUGCCUGGAAUCCGCACUGUAGAUAUCUCGAUGGAAUGGGUCCGUCAGGAAACGACUCCAGUGCACAGAAUAACUGGAAAGGGUCGUGGUGGCAUAGUAGUCUAGAUGUACACUCUGGUUUCAUCCAGGAUGACAGCCCUUAUGGAUCAGAUGGCCAAAAGGGAAAAUACUAUUUCGAAUUCUCAAGGCCUUUAAGAACCAUGGAUCGACUCCAACAGGAUGCUCAGUUCACGAUCGGGGGAUCGAGCAAGAUGGCUGUAGCAUUCUGGUACCCAGUAGACGGUCAGCCAUGGCACAAGUCAGGGCAUUACUCCAUCAACUGCGACUGGAUCCCUUUGGAGAUCUUAUCAGGCAGUUCUAAGCUGGCAACAUCGGCACCCGGAGGAGGAGACUCGGGAGGUGGGGUGGCCAGUGCUUUUGCCCUUCUGUUUUCAGUAAUCUCCAUUUGUCUCUCUGUUUUUGUGGCUUACACUGUUGCCAGGCCCAGGAGCAUUCCCUUCACGCCCAUGGAGAAUCUGUAAAUCCUUUUUUUAGCAGUGACUGAGAGAUAUACAUACUCUGCUUAAGAUCCCCCCAGAAUGAGAUUUGUAUCUGUUUGUACUGUUAGUUGAUUCACUUUACUCACUAGUACUUCUUGCUAAACCUGUACUGUUGAAUAGUACCACUAUAUUGGUGUCAUGGUGUGCAUUCCUUUCCCUGCAGUUUUUUUUAAGUAGUUUUGUAGUCUCUACUUUAUUUACCAGCUUUUCUUUCCA